AUGGCCACCUGCGGCGCCCAUCCUCUGAUCACCAACCCCCUCCCCGCCGUCCGCUCCUCGAACCCCUCCGGCGCGCCGCCGUACGCGACGGCGCUCCCCGCGGGGGUUACCCGCAGGCACCAAACGAACCGGGAACCGCUCCGCUCAAGCGCCGCCGCCAGCGCCGCCGUCUGCGCGGGGUUCAGCUCCGCCUGGCUGCCGAAACAGACGUACACCACCGUGCCUGCGGGGCAGGCGUCCAGCCAGGCCAUGGCGCCGGCAGAGAGGACAGAGUCGCCGUCGCGGUCGCCGUCGCCCGGCGGAGCCAGCGGGCCGACCGCCCACACACGGCGGUGCCCCAGCUCCGCCCGGAGGUGGUCGAGGUACGGCGCCUCCAAAUCCAUGAAGGUGUUGAAGACGUAUCCCCAGCUGGAGAUAUUCUGCAAGAACCCUUCCCUUACGAACUCGCAGAGGGGGUUCCCUUCCCUGCACCUUCUGUAG